CCCGGACAACAAAGAGCGAAACUUCGUCUCAAAAAAAAAAAAGAAAAGAAAAGUGAGUAUCAAUUAUUCUGGUCAUUAUUGUUUGGAGCUCUGAUUCCUGGAGAUUGAGGAAAUGUUUAAAGUAUCUGCCGAGUGAGCUAAGCACUCCUAGGCUUUUACCUAUAUUCGGGGGGCAGAUGGCACUCUACUAUCUUCAAGAAGCUUACAGACUAGAGGUGCUAGUCUGGGCUAUAAUCAUUGGCUGUUGGAAUUGGGAAUAUAAGAACUCUUGGAAUAACUCGAGUUGCUGGAUAGAAAGAACUGUGGCCAGAGCAGUUACAAGAGGGAUGAUCAGACCAGCAGUCUCUUUCCUUCCAAGCCUGAGAUCAGCUGUGGAAGACCCAGAGCUGAAGUGAAGCCUGGGGAUGAUCCAGUCUUACUCUCUUGUUUUAUGCAUGAAAAACAGAGUCCUAGAAAGGCAAAAUGGAUUGCCCAAGAUUAUGCGGCUGAUUCAGGUCAUAUCCAGGACUAGAAUUUUGGAGUUCUGCUUCCCAGGUACAUUUUUUUCGUCACACUGAACUUUGCUCUAACUCAUUCUCCAUUUAUGCCCCUUCUUUAGUUUUCCUUCUCCAUUGUCCACUUAGCAGAGCUCUAUGGAAGGCCACCCUGGUCCAACAGUCAGGCUGCAGGACCUUUAGGCUUCUUCUGCCUGUUAGUCUGACAUGUAGGUAGAGCGCUGUCUGUUGCUGAAUUUCUCUAUUGGUGGAAACCAAGGGUUCAGUUGACACUACAGAGCUGUGGAAGCAAGCAGCACUAGCAGCCAGCAUGCAGGCAGCGGAAAGGGGCAGUGAGGGAGCUUUGGACACGAGUACUUGACAGGGAUGUUCAGAACCUGGAGAGCUUCCAAAGGAGAGCAAUGAAAACAGUGGGUGGGGAUGAGAAGGAAGAACUCUUAGGAAAGAUAAAAGGUUUCAGAUUAUUUAUCUUGGAGAAGAGAAGGCUGAGAGUGUCUUUGAAAAGGAGUUUCAGAUAUAAGACCAGCUGUAGUACAUCUUCCCUGAGGAUAGACUAAGAAAUUAGCUAACAGCAGCAAUUAGGCUACAGAGCUUUUCAAAUUUAGCUGCCUAUUAGAGACAUCCAGAGAGCUUUUUAAAAAAUCUCAAUGUUCAAGCUUCACCUCAGAACAAUUAAAUCAGAAUUCUCUUUAGGAGUGGGCGUUAAACAUCGGUAAUUUCUUUAAUGUUUCCUGGGGUAGCCAACAUUGAUUCCCGAUUCAGAAAAUUUAAAAUUUUAAUCUUUGGAAUAAUUGGGAGGAAAAUGGCCCAAUGAUGUCAAACUGUGCUAGGAAAAAAUAUAUUUUUUUUAAUGGAGGGAAUAGGGAUAAGACGUAACAAGAGUCGGGAAAGUUGGGAUUGGGCUUAGUGUGAAGGAGGAGAAUAUAGGGAAGAGGGGGUGAAAACCCGUGGCCAAGGCCUUGAGAACAGGUAUAGGUGCCUUCCUCCCGCUACUGUCACCACUUUCUGUUAUGUCAGUUCACUUCGAGUUUAUGUGGCUAUUAUGGCUGAGAAAGAGAAAAGAAGCCCCUGACAGCUGGAAAUUGGACACUAUCAAUUAGGCUUCGUAUUGCUAGGAGCUGCCCUCGUGUUCAUUCUCACAUAUCAAUGUCAGGCAAGGCCACUCUGUGAUCAUGGUGGAUCCAGACACAAAUAAGAUCACCCUGUGAUGAUGUCUGAACAAAGACAACAACGUAAACAUUGUCCAAACCACACAAAUGAUCGAACAUCUUUUGCCGGCUAACAUAAGUGACCGCUGCUUCCUUACCAAUCACAGCUUUUCACUUCACUUCAUUCUCCUGCCUUCUAGACAAAAUCCAUUAAGAAACCCAAUUAUAAAAUUACUCCUCCUUCCUCACAGCAUCCAAUCCAAAGCAAAGCCCUGCUUCCUGAAGCCUCCUCAAAAUCACCUAACAGAAAUUCAUCCAAUAACAAGUCCUCAGUGACACCCUCUGACUGAGACACCUCACAGUUUACAUUGUGUGCACUCUCCCUUGUUGCCAUGAGUAAGGAACCCAGCUGUGUGUUCCUCGUGGUCUUUGGCUCACCGGCAUUGACACAGCACAGUUUGAGCAGGCCGUGUCUGUUUUUUCUUGUUUGGGGAACCAGGACAGAUGAGAGCUGUCAUGUUUCCCAGUCAUGGGAAAACAAUCAUGUUUCCCUUCUGGGUCCCCUCUCUCUCUCUGGGCUGAGACAUGAGAGAUGAGAUUCCGGCCACACUUUGCAUUCCACAUCAGUCACCUGCGUGAUCAGUGCAUCAAUAUAUUUUGCUCAUCACAAAUAACAUCCUGCAGUGGUGUUUAAAAAUGUUUAGGAUAGAAGACUGUCCAGCAGUUGAAGUUGCCCUUUUUCAAUGCUGUCGCUCUGCCCUAACCCUCACCACAGCCCCAUGGCGUCAGGGUGUCUCCAUUCACUCCGAACCCCUGCUCACUAACUGUUCAUCAGCCAAGAGCUUCCCACGGAGACUAGUCACAUAAGUGUCGCAAACUCUGUGUACUCUGAGAGUCAGACAAGAAAUCAGGGAAACAGGGAUUGGAGGAAACAGGAUAAAAUUGGGAAAUAACUGCAAUUACUUUUCUAGAGUUAAAGACAAAAGGUAUGAUUUUCCUUAAUAGGGAGGGCAGAGUAGUAGGAGAGAAUUGUGGAACACAUUAGGAUAGGAAGAGAGCCUUCUGAUGAGAUUUUAAAGUAUUCUUCAGGUCUGAUGAGAUUUUCAGUGAAAGCAACGUUUUUCUUGUCAUUUUCAUUAUUCACCUCUUUCCUAAGAAAGUUAUGUUUAAUCUAACCACGGGCCAGCAAUAGCCAAAAUAAACAGUACUAGAGUUGUGCUUUUUAGUGUUUUUCUUGUCUUUUUUCCUCCCCCUCUAGACUUAAUAGAUAGCAUAGUAGCUAUAAGUAAAUAAUGGACUUUAGAAUUCUACAAACCUGAGUUCAAACCCUGGGUCUACCAUUUACUAGUUACGUGGCCUAGCAAGUAAUUUAAUUAUCUUUAAGCCUUUGUUUUCCUAUCUUUAAAAUGGUCAUGUCAGUAAUUCUUAUGUCAUAGGUUUCUUCUGAGGAUAAAUGAGAUGGUGCCUGUAUAGCACUUAGCACCACCCCUGGCACAUUUGAAAUGCACAGGCCGGGCGCGGUGGCUCACGCUUGUAAUCCCAGCACUUUGGGAGGCCGAGGAGGGCGGAUCACGAGGUCAGGAGAUCGAGACCACGGUGAAACCCCGUCUCUACUAAAAAUACAAAAAAAAAAAAUUAGCUGGGCGUGGUGGCGGGCGCCUGUAGUCCCAGCUACUCCGAGAGGCUGAGGCAGGAGAAUGGCGUGAACCCGGGAGGCGGAGGUUGCAGUGAGCCGAGAUUGUGCCACUGCACUCCAGCCUGGGCGACAGAGCAAGACUCCGUCUCAAAAAAAAAAAAAAAAAAAAAAAAAAAAAAAAAAAAAAAAAAAAAAAAAAAGAAAUGCACAACAAACGUUACUAAUGGUAAUGGUUGACAUUAUUAAUAUUCUUUGUCAUAAGUCUUGUUUCUUUCAGAUCUUAGGUCUGGCAUGGUGGCUUACACCUAUAAUCCCAGUGCUUUGGGAGGCUGAGGCAGGAUUGCUUGAGGCUAGGAGUUUAAGACCAGCCUGGGCAACAUAGUAUGAUCCUAUCUCUAUGAAAGAUUAAAAAAUAAUUAGCUGGGCAUGAUGGUGCAAACCUAUAGUCCCAGCUACUGGAGAGACUGAGUGGGGCGGAUCCUUUGAGCCUGGGAGGUUGAGGCUGCAGUGACCUAUGAUUGUGCCACUGCACUCCAGCUUAGGCAAUAGAGUGAGACCCUCUUCUCAAACAAACAAACAAAAAACAAAGAAAACAAAUUGGAGUUUAUAGAAUUUAGGUGAAUUAUCCCAUCUGGGAUCAAACAGAAAACGCUUCACAGUUUUCAGUGACACCUCUGAUUUCUGCACGUAACAUCCCAGAGCUUUUCACAGCAGGGUCAAGUACUUGGGCUGUAAUAGAGUGUAAACAAAAAUCUUAAAAAACAGCAACAACAACAACAACAACAACAACAAAAACAGAAAAAAACUUUAUUUUAAGCUAAUUUUAGACUUACAGAAAAAUUGCAAAAAUAGUACAGAGAGUUUCCAUCUUUCACUCAGCUUCCCCUGAUGUUAGCAUCUUUCACAACCAUAGUACAAUUGUUAGAAUGAGGAAAUUAACAUUGGUAGAGAACUAUUAAACUAAAGACCUUAUGCAACUUUCACCAGUUUUUACAUUCAUGUCCUUUUCUAUUCCAGGAUCCUAUCUAGGAUCCCAUUCAGGACCCCACAUUGCAUUUAGUUGUGAUUUUCCCUUAGUCUCCUGCAGCCUAAAACACUUGCUCAGUCUUUCUUGUCUUGUCUGUCUUGUCUUUCGUGACACUUUUGAAGAGUAGUGAUCGGUAAUUUUGUCAAAUGCCUCUCACUUUGGGUUUGUCUUAUGUUUCUUAUGAUUGAACCGCAUUUUUGGCAAGAAUACCACAGAAAUGUUGUGUCGCUCUCAGUACCUCAUAUCCAUGGUUCAUGACAGAGAGAGCUAUUGAUGUCUUACUACUAUCUUACUACUGGUGAUGUUGACCUUGGUCAUUUGGUUAAGGUGGUUUCUGCCUGGCUUCUCUACUUCAAAAUUACUAUUUUUCCCUUUGUAGUUAAUAAAUAUCUUGGGAGAGACACUUUGGAAUUGUAAAAAUUCUGUUCCUCCUUGAACUUUCACCCACUAAUUUUAGCAUUCAUUGGUAGAUCUUGUCUGCAACAAUUAUUAUAGUGGUGUUUGUCUAAUGGUGAUUUUCUAUUUUUCUCUUUCCUUCUACAUGUAUUAAGACUUCUUUUUCUUUGAGAUGAGGUCUUGCUGUGUUGCCUCAAACUCCUGAGCUUAAGUAAUCCUCCCACCUCAGCCUCCCUGAGUAGCUGAGAUUACAGGUGCAUGCCACCAUGCUCGGCAUCCUUCUGUAUGUAUUAAUUGGAAUUCAACUGUAAGGAAGACUGGUCCUUUUAUCCCACUUAUUAACUUAUUGGUUAUUUGUAUCAGCAUGAACUUUUUAGUGAACUUUGUUCUUUGGGCUACAAUCCAAUACUAUCAUUAUUCAUUUUGUUCAAAUUAUUUCAGUUAUAGCAAGCCAUAAUUUGUUGUUUAGUCUGUUCUACUUGCUCUUUUCUUUCAGUGUGAUAUUUGAAAAGGGAUCCAAAAAGUCAACAUGUUUCUGACUCCUGUGGUUAAACAGAACUGUAUCUCUUAAUUUAAAGGUCUCCAGAGGAGAACCCACCACCUCCUUUGCCACCUUGAUGUUGCUCAGAAAUGUUCUUUCCUGAAACAAAUCAUGCUGCUUUUAAAAUUUGUUUCUGUGAAAUGUCAAACUAGAAAAAAAUUUUAUUUGUUCUUAUUCCACUCCUAGCAGAGUCAAACAGUUUUUGGGAGAGCAUAUCAUGGUGUACUGUCAUUUAAACAUACCUGGGAUCAACUUGGUACAAUGCAGGACCUCCUAGGCCUGCUUUUUGCUUGGUUCACUUUGUUUUAUACAAUCCUGUUGUGGGAAGUACAGCCUUCAGUUAUCCUCACUAAUAAUCUCUAGUGAGUCUUAAAACUUAUGCAGCCUCUUGAGUAAGAACUCUUGAAUAUGGAUUCUGGUGUUACCUGUUUUCAGGUUUCUUGGCUUUGCACCCAGCAGACCAAAGGAUGAUGGCAACGUGAGGUAGAUGCAAGGCUAGUCAUGCCUGUUUUGUGUGGAACCCCAGACAGGAAGUUGUGAGGGACUGUCACCAACAUUUAUCUACCAGUUCUUCUCAAGCUUUUUUUUUUUCUUAAACUUUUGUCAUCCUAAGCAGGACAAAAAAACCUACCAUAGCCAUUCCCACUUUAUAGAGGAAAAAGAAAUUGGGGAUAACAAAGAUUUGGAGAGGAAUAAAAUAGGAGUCAACAUGGUAACAUGGCAGCAGUUAUGUAAAAAUGAAAGAGUGGGUAAGUAAAGCCAACACUCCUUAAUACAAGAGCAGCAACUCACAGCCAGCUCAGGACAAGCCUGAUGAUGUCCUUAUCACUGACAGUCUCUCCUGGAAACUGGAAAUUGCAACCGUUUGCGUAUGUGAGGACACAGAAGGGGCUGUGCAACACUGCCAAAGGCUGAAUGGUAUCUGAGAAAACACCAGUUAUCUAGUGAUUUUAGAUUACAAAUGCCAAAGUUUAUAAUGUGUAGUAGGCCAUUAGUAAGUACCACUCAAUGCUAAGUAAAAAUGGAAGUCGAUAGCACUGCUUUGAAGAUGCUCUUUUUUUACAUGAGUUUGUGUCUCAGGACGCUUUUGGUUUAUUGCUUUACAGAGCUCAAUCUAACAGAUGAAAGCUUGAAAGGGGAGAGGAACAGGAGCAGCUGAAACAUAAGAAUAAUAAUUUCCAAGAAGCCUCUGGGAAGCUCUCCAGACUGCAGGUUGGUGGGAUCCAUGGGACUUACAACCAAAGGAUGUUUUUCUUACCCUCGCGUAGAAAAUAUGCUUCUGACAUGUGGGAUGGAUAGCAGGGUCUCAGGCACAACCAGUAAUGGAGAGACAAAACCAGUGUAUCCAGUCAUGGAAAAGAAGGAGGAAGAUGGCACCCUGGAGCGGGGGCACUGGAACAACAAGAUGGAGUUUGUGCUGUCAGUGGCUGGGGAGAUCAUUGGCUUAGGCAACGUCUGGAGGUUUCCCUAUCUCUGCUACAAAAAUGGGGGAGGUGCCUUCUUCAUCCCCUACCUCGUCUUCCUCUUUACCUGUGGCAUUCCUGUCUUCCUUCUGGAGACAGCACUAGGCCAGUACACUAGCCAGGGAGGCGUCACAGCCUGGAGGAAGAUCUGCCCCAUCUUUGAGGGCAUUGGCUAUGCCUCCCAGAUGAUCGUCAUCCUCCUCAACGUCUACUACAUCAUUGUGUUGGCCUGGGCCCUUUUCUACCUCUUCAGCAGCUUCACCAUUGACCUGCCCUGGGGCGGCUGCCACCACGAGUGGAACACAGAGCACUGUAUGGAGUUCCAGAAGGCCAACGGCUCCCUGAAUGGUACCUCUGAGAAUGCCACCUCUCCUGUCAUCGAAUUCUGGGAGCGGCGGGUCUUGAAGAUCUCUGAUGGGAUCCAGCACCUGGGGGCCCUGCGCUGGGAGCUGGCUCUGUGCCUCCUGCUGGCCUGGGUCAUCUGCUACUUCUGCAUCUGGAAGGGGGUGAAGUCCACAGGCAAGGUGGUGUACUUCACGGCCACAUUUCCUUACCUCAUGCUGGUGGUCCUGUUAAUUCGAGGGGUGACGUUGCCUGGGGCAGCCCAAGGAAUUCAGUUUUACCUGUACCCAAACCUCACGCGUCUGUGGGAUCCCCAGGUGUGGAUGGAUGCAGGCACCCAGAUAUUCUUCUCCUUCGCCAUCUGUCUUGGGUGCCUGACAGCCCUGGGCAGCUACAACAAGUACCACAACAACUGCUACAGGGACUGCAUCGCCCUCUGCUUCCUCAACAGCGGCACCAGCUUUGUGGCCGGCUUUGCCAUCUUCUCCAUCCUGGGUUUCAUGUCUCAGGAGCAGGGGGUGCCCAUCUCUGAGGUGGCCGAGUCAGGCCCUGGCCUGGCUUUCAUCGCUUACCCGCGGGCCGUGGUGAUGCUACCCUUCUCUCCUCUCUGGGCCUGCUGCUUCUUCUUCAUGGUGGUUCUCCUGGGACUGGAUAGCCAGUUUGUGUGUGUAGAAAGCCUGGUGACAGCGCUGGUGGACAUGUACCCUCACGUGUUCCGCAAGAAGAACCGGAGGGAAGUCCUCAUCCUUGGAGUAUCUGUCGUCUCCUUCCUUGUGGGGCUGAUCAUGCUCACAGAGGGCGGAAUGUACGUGUUCCAGCUCUUUGACUACUAUGCAGCCAGUGGCAUGUGCCUCCUGUUCGUGGCCAUCUUUGAGUCCCUCUGUGUGGCUUGGGUUUACGGAGCCAGGCGCUUCUAUGACAACAUUGAAGACAUGAUUGGGUACAGGCCAUGGCCUCUUAUCAAAUACUGUUGGCUCUUCCUCACACCAGCUGUGUGCACAGCCACCUUCCUCUUCUCCCUGAUCAAGUACACUCCACUGACCUACAACAAGAAGUACACGUACCCAUGGUGGGGCGAUGCUCUGGGCUGGCUCCUGGCUCUGUCCUCCAUGGUCUGCAUUCCUGCCUGGAGCCUCUACAGACUCGGCACCCUCAAGGGCCCCUUCAGAGAGAGAAUCCGUCAGCUCAUCUGCCCAGCCGAGGACCUGCCCCAGAGGAACCCAGCAGGACCCUCGGCUCCCGCCACCCCCAGGACCUCACUGCUCAGACUCACAGAGCUGGAGUCUCACUGCUAGGGGGCAGGCCUUGGAUGGUGCCUGUGAGCCUGGCUGUGGGGAUGGCUGCAGAGGGGACGGGGCAGAAGCAGCCCCAUGUGCUUCCCUGCCCCCGACCUGGAGUGGAUAAGACAAGAGGGGUAUUUUGGAGUCCACCUGCUGAGCUGGAGGCCUCCCACUCCAACUUUUCAGCUCAGGGGUUGCUGAACAGAUGUGAAAGGCCAGUGCCAAGAGUGUCCCUCUGAGACCCUUGGGAAGCUGGGUGGGGGCUGGUGGGUGGGGCGAGACUGUUGCUGGCUUCAGGCCCUCUCAUCCUUCAUUCCAUUAAAUCCACAUUCUUCCCGCU